AUGCUGCGCAAACAUGAAGCGCUCACUGUGGUGACGCCUAUUCCCAGCUUCAUCCCACGCCAGUUCGCCAUCAAUGUUCUCCACUCGCACAGUGAAGUCAUUACCAUCAAUCCGCUCGUCGUCGAGCACCGGCCCAUCAAGGCGCCAUCCGAUACCCCCGUCGAUGAAUGCGACAGCAGCUGGUACGAAAUUGUUGAGCGCAUCCAACUCAUCCCAGGCAAAGGCAAGCCCGGCUCUGGCAUAAUUACCUUCAAUGGCGGAUGCUUCCAUAACAUGCCCUGGGGCUUGCAAACGCACAUCAAAGCCCCGAUGAGCGUGGACUUGCGCAUAAAAUAUUCCAUCGACGGCAAUCAAUCGGGCAUUGAGCCUCCGCAACGUCUCGAGCUUGGCCUUGAGUCUCUGGGUGCGCCCACAGAUGGCUUAUACCUACGCCAAGACAUUGAGAUUACAUGCAAUAUUGCCAUGCUCAACUUUGUCAAGACGCCGCUGAAGGCAGAGGGCACAGCCCUGGUGCAACGGAUCAUCAGAAAGGCUGAGCAGAGUGAUGCCGCUGUUCUGCGCACUAUGAUGGAGAACAGCAAGUUACAGGUGCCCGGCUUGAAAGGCGGAUCUAGCUUGCCGGCAGAACUCCCACAUGAUGGAAUCUCACAGCUUCCUCCGAUCGAGCUGGCAGCAGAAUCUACUCCGACUUUAUACUGUGGCGGAGCUUCUCAGCCGUACCUUUCACCCAGCCACAGUCAGCAAAUCAAUAAACCAGCUCCAGGUCAAUUCACUUUACCGCCUCCCUUGUCGAAGGAACAACUUGCUUCCCACGAGUUACCAGGCGACUUGCAUCAUCGGCUGAACCCGUCUUAA